AUUACUACUUUACAGUGUGAAACGAAACUUAUACCUUUAACGAUAUAUUGGUAUAUACAUGCACAUGAUCUAUUUAUAGAAAUGCAAACAAUGUAUACUAUUUAGAGUAGAGUAAAACUGAUACCCGAUCGCCAUGCUAGACGUUAAAAAGAUCACGUAUUCGAAUGCAAAACUCACGAUAAGACUCGGAAUGUUCCUCUGUUAAAGUGUAGUUCAUCACAAGAGGAAGUAUUGGAAUAAAUUGAGGAAGUAUAAAACAUCGGGACAGAAUCAUGGGAAAAGCUGAUGAGGGAAUGAUGUAUGGCCUUCUGAUUGAAGCCAUUGUGCAUUACAUCAAGGAAAACUUCGGAGAAGGAGUAUGGCUAGAUGUCAGAAAAAUGGCCAAUAUUCAACAAGUUUCAUUUGCAACACACGAAAGAUACAGCGAAAAUCUGGUUCCUAACAUCGGGAAAGCAUUAGCACAGAUAACGGGAUGUAGUUACAAUGAACUAAUGGACGCUUUCGGGGUUUGUUUUGUAUCAUUUGUGGGUCAAUAUGGAUAUGACAGAAUACUGAAAGUUCUUGGCAGACAUAUGACUGACUUUUUAAACGGGCUUGACAAUCUACAUGAGUAUUUGCGAUUCAGUUAUCCAAAGCUUCGACCGCCUUCCUUCUUCGUAGAAGAAGAAACAACCUCAGGGCUGACAUUACAUUAUCGCAGUAAACGGAAAGGAUAUGUGCAUUAUGUCAAAGGUCAAAUUCGGCAAGUGGGCGCUCUAUUCUAUAACACGAAAGUUGACAUUGACGUAAUCAGCGAAGAGGAAAGUGAUCACAUGACUCAUGUUGUAAUGAAAUUACACUUUGAUAAUACUGCAUAUAAGGAUACUCAGGAAAACAAAGACGACUUCUCUGUCAAUCUGCCCUUAAAUGCGGAUGUGUUUUUCGAGCUUUUUCCAUUCCAUAUUGUUUUUAAUGAACAAAUGGAAGUUCGAAGUGUUGGUAAUGGACUGAAAGCUGUGUUUCCAGAUAUGGUCGGGCAGAUAGUCACCGAUGUUUUUACCAUUGUUCUACCUCUUGUACCGUUCUCCUGGUUCAGUAUUUUGGCACAUACAAACAACGCAUUCGAAUUACUCUCAAAGAAGUGCGUGAGCCGGUAUCAGGACCUGGAGGAUACGGUUACGGAAAUUUCUGAGCACGAGCAAGCAAGGGUUUCGAAACGAAGACCUGUGAGCAGUUGUCUUGACCAAGUGCAAGGCCGGCGUGACCAAGAAAAAGACGUUGACGAAACCGGUGAUGCAGGCUACGCCAUUCACUUGAAAGGUCAAAUGAUGUAUAUGCCAGAAUGGGAAUCCAUCAUUUUCCUUGGAACGCCUAUCAUGGAAAGCCUGGACAUAAUGUUUAAAACUGGACUGUAUAUAAACGAUCUCAGUAUGCACGAUUCAAGUCGCGAUCUCGUUCUUGCUGGUACCCAGCAAUCCGCGGAACUCAAACUUGCCUUAGAUCAGGAACAAAAGAAGAGCAAAAUUUUGCAGGAGAGUAUGUCGAAAUUGGACGCGGAAAUGAAACGGACAGAUUCCCUGCUGUACCAAAUGAUACCGAAGCAAGUUGCGGACAGAUUGAGAAGUGGUGAACCAGCAAUAUCAACGUGUGAGGUGUUUGAAAAUGUCACGAUACUGUUCAGUGAUGUUGUUGGUUUCACACGGAUCUGUAGUCAGAUAUCUCCUAUGGAGGUUGUAUCUAUGCUCAACGCCAUGUAUACAAAGUUUGAUCAGCUGAGCGAGCAGCACAAUGUGUACAAGGUAAGAUGGUUUGAAACAGUUGGUCAUGCAUGUAUUGUGAUAAGUCUGUUCAAAAUAAAACCAUAUCCAGUAACUAUUGGCAAGAUGAACCUUGACAUGACAAUGUGUUAUGAUAUGUGUGAAUUUACUCAGUUAGAUAUUCAUCUACUUGAAGGUGUGCACUCAGGUAAUACUGUGGCAGGAGUUGUUGGAAUAAAGAUGCCUCGCUACUGCUUGUUUGGAGACACUGUCAACACGGCUUCAAGGAUGGAAACAAACGGACAGGCUAAUAAAAUUCACAUAAGCGAAACAACGAGACAAGAGCUCAUUGAUUACCCAUAUAUACUGGAGGAAAGAGGAACUGUUUCUGUUAAGGGGAAAGGUCACAUGAAGACAUACUGGUUGUUAGGGCGUGAUCCAGUGGAGAGCUCUCAAGCCAAAUGCCCGUUCGGAUCAAUUCUUCUUGAGGAAUUAUCAAAGGUUAAAAGCAACAGCGAAGAUGUAUUUACUUCUUCAAGAUUUGGAGGUGUAAACGAGCAUUCUGACUUUGCUGAACUUAGAUCACUUUACUCACCAGUGUCAUUUGAAGAUGUCAAAAAGACGAUGAGUGCUAAUGCGUCACCAAAAGACUCUCCUGCAAAGAAAAUUAACUUGAAUCCAUGUCUGUAUGGAAAUGGCAAAAUCAAUAAUAAUUCCGAGUGUACUGGAUCGCAGACUUCGAGUGAACAUUGUCCUGUGAAAGACAAAGAUAUGUAUAUCAUAAGGAAAAACGACUUACGCAAAACAAACGACACGAACAGAAUGUAUGAAUAUCAGAAUACCAGUAAAACAUGUCAGCUGCUUUGACGUAAGUCAUUACGUCAUUUCAAAGAGCAUUUUGACCAAGGACACUUAGCAAUAUAUUUUGUCAAGGAACUAUUAUUUUCAUAUUAAUUCAUUCAAUGACAUAUUAUCGUUGUGUACUCGUAUUCUUUGAAGGAUACAUUGUGCCAAUAUGUCAUCAGAGUGAUUACUUAACAAUAGCUGUAUAAACAUAGUAUAAACAUGUUUGUGUAUAUAAACAGUACAAUGUGUUAGGUAUAAGUAAACAUAGUAUGAAUAUGUAAUACGACCAAAAACAGGAAGUUAUUUUAUAAACAACUGUUACCAGAUAGCGUUGAAUUUUGAUUGCAACUCUACAAACACAGAUAGUUUAUAUAUUUAGCCUAGUUGAAUAUGUUAGACGAGGUACAUUGCUAAGGAUUAUAUCAAUUUCUAAUGAUUAAUAAUUUAGCGAAAGAUAAGGAUAAUAUAUCUUUAACGUUAAACUAAUAUAUCACACACUGCUAUAAUAUCAAGUUAACUUUUCAAAGCAUAAAGUUGACGCUGAACUCUCUUUAAGAUUUUAGACAAUUGUUUUAGAUGUUUAGGUUUUUAUACAGCUUGGCUUGAAUUUUAACGUAUCUUUUAUUUUGAAUGACUUGCCUUUCCGCAAAACUUUUAUAAGAUGCAAAAAUAAUUGCUCUACUUUGUUCAAAAUACCUUUCUUAUAUCUAUUAAUCUUCAAAGUAAGGCUUGUCAAGAAAUAUUGCCAUGCAUAGGGCACUUUAGUUUAGUCGAAUUUUGUCAGCCAUUUUACUUUUUAUUCUAUUAAUUUUGUGUAAUUUUAGAAAACAGUUUUGAAAGGUUUUACAUUUUUGAAUUAAUUCUUCAAUAUUUUAAUAUGAUUUAGCAUAUGUUAUCGAUGAACAAUAAAACUAUGAAAUGUCAUUACAUAUUAUAGAA